GGAGCCACGGAGUCCGCGGCUCUUAACUUUGGAACCGUUGGGCGCAUCUGGACGACGCUGCAAUGCUGCUGCAGGGAGGACGAUCUGCUGCACAGGCUGCACUUAUAUUCUCUGUUUAUAUUCUGGAGUCCACUCUUGUGCUCGCCUUCAACCUUGACACCAAGCAAGUCCUCAGGAAAGACGGAGAGCCGGGGAGCCUGUUCGGCUUUUCUCUUGCCAUGCACCGACAGCUCAACCCGGACAAAGUCAUGGUACUGGUUGGUGCACCCAGAGCCCGAGCUUUGUCGAACCAAGCAGCCAAAAUCACAGGAGGCCUGUAUAAAUGUGAAGUCACCCAGUCUAAUGAUUGUGAGCGCAUCGAGUUUGAUAACGAAGUGAAUCCACGUUCUGAGAAUAAAGAGAAUCAGUGGAUGGGCGUAACGGUGCAGAGCCAGGGACCUGGGGGAAAGAUCGUGACGUGUGCCCAUCGCUAUCAGAAGCGUUGGAAUGUAAAUACCCCCCAGGAGUCUCAUUACAUCCCUGGACGCUGUUAUAUCCUGAGUCAGGACCUAACCAUCAACCCUGGUUCUGAAGAUGGAGGUAACUGGAAAUUCUGUGAUGGCAGAAAUGAAGACCAUGAAGGUUUUGGAACAUGCCAGCAGGGGGUGGCUGCUACUUUCACCAAGGACUAUCAUUACAUGGUGUUUGGAGCACCAGGAGCUUACAACUGGAAAGGGGUUGUGCGAGUAGAGCAGGAUAACAGCACUUUACUGGACAUGGGAAUAUUUGAUGAUGGUCCAUUUGAAGUUGGGGACGAGCGUACCAGGAACCCUGAUCUUGUGCCUGUACCUGCAAACAGCUACCUUGGGUUCUCUCUUGAUUCGGGGCACUACAUCACUAGUGUUAACCUGACAGUGGUGGCCGGAGCACCCAGAACCAAUCACAGUGGAGCUGUAGUCCUGUUCAAGAAAGACACCGUAGCACACAAUAGACUCUCAAUGGAGCACAUUCUGCAGGGUCCAGGACUGGGAUCCUGCUUUGGAUAUGACGUGGCUGUAGUGGACCUGAAUAGCGAUGGGUGGCAAGACAUAGUAGUAGGAGCCCCUCAGUUCUACAUGAAGGGUGGAGACAUUGGAGGAGCUGUUUAUGUUUACAUCAACAAGGCAGGAGUGUGGGAAGGAAUCACUCCUGUCCGUCUAAACGGGACCAAAGACUCAAUGUUUGGAGUGGCAGUAGAGAACAUCGGAGACAUCAAUCAAGACUCAUAUAAAGAUAUUGCCAUUGGAGCUCCGCAUGCAGAUUCCGGGAUAGGAAAAGUCUACAUUUAUCACGGCUCCGCACAAGGAAUCAGAACCACUCAAGCACAGGUCCUUUCAGGGAAAGACCACAACAUUCGAUUAUUUGGAUAUUCUCUGGCAGGAAACAUGGACCUGGAUGGUAAUUCUUAUCCAGACUUGGCUGUAGGCUCUCUGUCAGAUUCAGCUUUAAUUUACAGGGCAAGGCCAGUCAUUAGCCUCAGCAGAGUUGUCAAAGUCUCUCCAAAUGAAAUAAGGCUGACAAAUAAAACCUGUGGUGACGGAGUUUGUUUCGCUGUGACUGCAUGCUUUUCCUACAAAGCUAAUCCUGCAUCUUACAACCCAAAGCUAACCAUUAACUAUUUUGUGGAGAUGGACAGAGCUCACGGGAGAGGACUGACCUCCAGGGUGAUGUUCCUGAACGAAUCCAGCUCUGAAUCUGAAUACCAGUUCAAUGGCACCUUAAACCUCAAGGAACAAAACCAGCAAAAGUGCAUCACCCAAACAGCCAGACUUAAGGAUAACAUCAAGGACAAGAUGCACAGCAUCCCCAUUGAGGUGUCUGCAGAAAUCAGUCCAAAACAAGGGAAGGCAAAAAAUGGCCUCCCUCCCCUCAUGCCCAUAUUAGACGCCACUCAACCGAGCAAAGGCAUCGCUGAGGUGAACUUUUUAAAAGAAGGAUGUGGAAGAGAUCAUAUUUGCCGGAGCAACCUGAAGAUGGAGUACAGUUUGUACUACAGACAACCGAACCAAGAUGUGUACCUCCCGUUAAACAAGAGCAAGAACAACAUCCCAGAGUUUAUUGUCAAUUACGAGAAGAAGGACUUGGCUGUGUCAGUGACAGUAAGCAACAUGAAUGGUGAUGAUGCUUAUGAGGCAAAGCUGGUGGGGAGUUUCCCAAAUACCCUGUCAUAUUCUGGAGUCCGCUCUGAUCAAACAACAAUGGAAAAGCCGGUCACCUGUCAUGUAAAUGUAAGCAGCUCUCAAGCAGACUGCGAGCUGGGAAAUCCUUUUAAGAGAAACUCAAAGGCUACCUUUAAAGUCAUCCUGAGUGCUACAAAUCUGACUCUUGACACCACUGAGAUAGAGAUUGAUCUACAGCUCAGUACGACUAGCGACCAAGACGCUAUCCAUGUGAAAGUAAAGUGUAAAGUGAUCAUUGAAUUGUCUUUGUCGGCCUCUGGGGAAGCCAAUCCUUCGCAGGUAUUUUUUGGAGGUGUUGUGAGAGGAGAAAGUGCAAUGAAGUCAGAAGAAGAAAUUGGAAGUUUGAUUAACUUUACUUUCACUAUUGACAACUCAUGGAAGCCCUUGAAACCUCCUUUUGGAGCCUCACUGCAUAUUCAUUGGCCCAAAGUUAAAAAAAAUGGGAAAUGGCUUCUGUACCUGGUGAGCAUCACUUCUCAAGGACCUGAGAAGAUCCACUGCUCUCCUGAAUCUGAGAUCAACCCUCUCAGUAUCACUCAGCAGUCCUCUGUGUCUCGGACAAAGCGGGAAAUUUUGAGAAAAGAGAGAGCAACCGGUGGGAAAAAUUCUCCGUCAGACAGAAGUAUUUUGUCCUGUGAAGACGGGAUGAAGGGAUGUGUGGUGCUCAAGUGCCCCCUGCAGGGACUUGAUGGUACAGUAGUCACACUAAGAUCCCGCCUGUGGAACUCAACCUUUAUUGAGGAGUAUGCCUCUCAUUCAGUUUUGCACUUGUCAGUAAAUGCCACACUUGUACUUAAUACUCAGAGGGAAAACGUCAUACUGGGAUCUCCACACAUGAUUGCGAGAGUUCAAGUGUUUCCUGACAGUGAAGUAGCAAAGAAUCAGGGAGUUCCCUGGUGGAUCAUCCUGGUGGCAGUUCUCAUAGGAGCCUUGAUUUUAGCUCUGCUGGUGUAUCUGCUCUGGAAGUGUGGAUUCUUCAAACGCUCCAAAGAAGAUGACAGCAUCCCUCGUUACCAUGCAGUGCGGAUAAGAAAGGAAACUCCUGAGUACAAAGAUGGAAAAAUGAUAUAUGAUCCUUUUGAAAAAAAGCAGUGGAUGACGACUUGGAUGGACGAUGAGAGUUACUCAUGAGCGUUUUCUACUCGGAUGUUUGACAAACGAGGGCGAGACUGAACUUUAUUUUUUGUUUAUUUCGUGAACAUGUUGCUCAGUGAUAUAUAUUUCUGUUAAAUACAGAUGAUGCUUUCCAGAAAUUAGUUGGGUUCAAAUUUUUACACUUUUUGCCAAUGAGCUAUUUUUUUUUAAGUGUUGUAUAUAUUUAAAUAUGUCUGCACAUGAUAUUUAUUUUAUCUUUUUUCAGAAAAAGUAACAUUAUGCAACCAAAGUUUUUUCUACUCAUGUCUGCAGCCGAAUAACAAAGGGGAAAGUUUACUGCUGUUUUUAAAGUUGUACUGUCUCACUGGAAGCCUGAGGUCUGUUCACAGAAGGUACAGCUGGUCACUGUAAUAUGAAUGUAAAUUAGAUUUUGUGUGGAUGUUAUAUAUGUCUACUUUCAGUAUUUUCCUCUUUGAAAUUACAUUUAGGUACACUGUCUUGUCUGAUUCUAAUGUGAGAACAGUUAAUUUGCCUCAUUUCUUACGGCUGAGGCGUUCAGGUAGCAUCCACUGUACUAUAGAGCCUCGUGUUUUGCUCUCUGUGAGGUAUUCAAAGGGAAGAUGGUGAAAAGCAACUGA